CCAAAUUUGAUCCAAGAUGGCACACUCAUCGCAAAAAGGUCGGCUAAUCGCCGUCAUCGGAGACGAAGAUACUUGCACCGGGUUUCUUCUUGGUGGCAUUGGUGAAAUGAACAAAAGUAGGCAACCCAACUUUCUAGUUGUUGAUAAAAAUACCAGUGUAGCAGAAAUAGAAGAAACAUUCAAGUCAUUUGUCGCCCGAGAUGAUGUGGCCAUAAUACUAAUCAAUCAAAAUGUGGCGGAGAUGAUACGUUACGUCCUCGAUGCUCACAACGUAGCGACGCCAGCUGUCCUCGAGAUCCCGAGUAAGGACCACCCGUAUGAUGCUAGCAAGGAUUCCAUAUUGAGACGGGCGAAGGGAAUGUUCAGUGUUGAUGACUUCAGAUAAAUGAUUGUGAUUUGCUUCAUGUAGAGAUGCCGGUUGCUUUGUGUGGCAGAAUAUGAAACAACUGCCAGGUACAUUGACCUAACCAAACAAUGCUGUCAUAUUGGCCUGAUGUGUAUUUGAAAUGAAAGUACCAUCAAGUAGAAUUGGCUUGUUCUGCUCUCUGCAAUAUCACAGACAGCCUGUUAUUACUGAGGCUUUCAGAAUUAUAUGCAUGUUGCAUGAAGUGAUGGGUUAAUUAGGGAAUCAUUAUAUUGGAAAGAGACUGAUAUUUGUUGCUGUACAUUAUUGAUUUGACAUUCCACCUGUGUAGCCUCUCUCAUUGGUCUUUUAGGACUUUCUGUAAAUUAGUUUCAAAAUAUCCCAUGUGGGGUCUUCGACAAACAACCUGCUGGCAGCAGUUCAAAACACUUUUCAUAUCCAAUGAUGACAUGAAGUUUGAGAGAGACACUAGAAGAUGUGCAAUAUAACUCUUGUAUUACGAAGUCAACACCUGGAGUACACCUAAACUAAUUGGAUGUGUUAUUUAUUCAGAAAAUAAAAUAUAUGUGUA